AUGGAGAAGAAGUUAAGGAUAAAGAAGAAAGUAUGGAUGGGGAAGAAGUUUGGGAUGGAGAAGAAGUUUGGAAUGGAGAAGAAUCUACUAAUUAAGGAAGCAGAACAAGUUAAGGAGGAUGGAGAAGAAGUUAGGGAAGGAGAAAAAGUGAAGAAUGAAGAACAAGUUAGGGAAGGAGAAGAAGUUAAGGAUGGAGAACAAGUUAGGGAAGGAGAAGAAGAAGUUAAGGAUGGAGAAGUAGUUUGGGAUGGGGAAGAAGUGAAGGAAGGAGAAGAAGUUAAGGAAGAAGAAGAAGAAGAAGUUUUGGAUGGAGAAGAAGUUAAGGGUAAAGAAGAAAGCAUGGAUGGGGAAGAAGUUUGGGAUGGAGAAGAAGUUUGGGAUGGAGGAGAAGUUUGGGAUGAAGGAGAAGUUUGGAAUGGAGGAGAAGAACCGAAGUAUGGAGAAGAAGUUAAGGAAGAAGAAGUUUAG